CCCUCCACCCUUGCUCUGUGUGUCCCUGCAGGGGAAGAUGGUGGACCGGCUAGCGAACAGCGAGGCGAACUCUAAACGCAUUGGGGUAGUCGAGGGCUGCUUCGGCACGGCCGGCCAGCCGCUCGUCAUCCCGGGCCGCGUGCUGAUCGGCGAGGGCGUGCUCACCAAACUCUGCCGCAAGAAACCCAAGGCGCGCCAGUUCUUCCUCUUCAACGACAUCCUGGUGUACGGCAACAUCGUGAUCCAGAAGAAGAAGUACAACAAGCAGCACAUCAUCCCGUUGGAGAGCGUCACCAUCGACACGGUGCCCGACGAGGGAGACCUGCGGAACGGCUGGAUCAUCAAAACGCCCACCAAGUCCUUCGCCGUUUAUGCCGCCACCGCCACCGAGAAGUCCGAGUGGAUGAACCACAUCGGGAAGUGCGUGGUGGAUCUGCUGCAGAAGAGCGGGAAGGCGCCGACGGGAGAGCACGCGGCCGUCUGGAUUCCCGACUCGGAGGCCACGGUCUGCAUGCGCUGCCAGAAGGUUAAAUUCACGCCCGUAAGUCGCCGCCAUCACUGCAGGAAAUGCGGCUACGUGGUUUGCGGUCCGUGCUCCGAUAAGAAGUUCCUACUGCCCAGCCAGUCCUCCAAACCCGUGCGAGUGUGUGAGUUCUGCUUCGGGCAGCUGACGGCGGGAGGCUUGGCGCCGAGAGCGGACUCCAUCAGCCAGCUGGGGUCAAAGUUCAACAACAUGUCGGACGACGAUGACGACGACGACAGCAGCGACUGAGGAAAUAAAACGUCCCUCUGAGGAUCGUCCAUUCAAACCAAAAUAUUUUAUUGCUUUUCCCUCUGAUUCCAGCAAGGAUGAAUACUGAACAGUGAUUUAAUGAAAUGUGGAAUUAUUCGGGGGAAAGUCUGACUUUUCAUCUCUUCCACUUAUGACUCUUGAUUAGUCACUACAGAAAACAGUGGUGCCCUUUUGCAUUAACUUCAUCCAGGGGGGCGGGGCUUAUUUCUUCCCACUCUCUUUUUAACCGUACGUCCAUGAACACAGAGGAUAUCUCUGCGGGGAAAAGUGUGUUCGCUCCUCUCUUCACCAAACAGGGCUGUUUUCUACGUUUUUUAUUAACAACUAAAAUGUAGAUAUUACGCUAGUCGACCUAAAUGUCGUUCCUGAGAAAUAUUGUCUUCCAAUCAGAGCAGGGAUUAUUCCUUUUCUAAUGUUCUGUCCCUAAGCUUCUUCCUGUUGGGGCUUCCAAGCUCCUCUGCUCCUGAGAGAGGUUUGGUGUUUUUCUGGGGCUCCUUUUUUUUAAUCACUUACACAUUGUAGAUAUCACGCUAAAAGAGCUUGUGAUUAAACACAUGUUGAAUUAUUUGAGGAAAAGUCUGACUUUUUGGCUCACUUCUGACUCUUGAUUGGUCACCAUAGUGCUGAUGAAGCAUCCCUAUAUCUUGUUUUAAUUGCACGUCCAUUACCCACUCAACCUUCUGCAGGGAAAAGCUCAAUGGUUUUGUUCUCUGUCCUUGUCUCUCCAAACAGGGCGGUUUACUCUAAUAUAAAUGUGGUGUUUUUCUGCUAUUUUGUGAACCCUAUUUUUAUCAGUAACAAAAUAAAUCCUACUCUAAUCCCAAAGCUUUUUCUAGUCGACCUAAAUGUAGUUGCUUCUGACAAAUCAUCUCGUCUAACACUUUAGUGAGUUUUCUCUCCGCGGUCGCCCCUUUAAAAAGGACCUCUGCCUUUGCCCUCACGUAGUGCCUUGCAGGAAAUGGAGGAAACCAGUGUUCUGCGAAUGAGACUCGAUGACACCCUGACUCUGAAACACAUCACAGAGUUAUCAAUGUGUGUGUGUGUGUUUGCAGCACACACACGAGCAGGCAGGUCACACACCAGCCGACAACGGGAAGAGUUACAUUUGGACUUUUCCUCGAAAGUUUUGUUUUCUGCCGGACAAAGACUCUUGAAACAUCCAUCGAUCACCGACUCUCAAAUUAAAAUAUGGUUUAAAUCCAGGCUUUGAUUUUGAGGCUUGUUUUCAUGGAUCUAACGACCUGUGAUCUGGAGGUUAUUUUAGGCAUUUUAUGUACAUUUGACAACCUGUAAUGUAGAUUGUUUUGUUCACAACCUGAGCGUGUUUCCUGCUUUGUGUCUUAAGGACCAGAAGAGUCUUUGAAAAGGAUCAAUGUUGUGGUUUGUUGGCAGGCGGCCUCUGUGCACGGAUAUAACUACAGCUGCAGCGGUCGGUACUGAAACUGUAGCCUCAUGAUUUAUUUUACAUUUAUUAAAGCACACACAACUUCCUUUAAAGAAAUUCAAAACAACCCUGAUCAGUGGAAGGUAAAUAAGUAGGAGUGCGGAGCAACGACGGCGUAUUAAAGUCACUGUAGGUCUAUUCAACUUUAUUCUCGUUUUUUAGCUUCAAUUUGUGAGUUUUUUUCUCCUCAAUCUAACAUUAAAAUCUCUGAAAAUAUCAAAACUUUUUAUCCUAGAAACAAACAAUGUGAACCCUUGAAUUUUUGAGAUGUUUCCUUUGAAUAAUCCCGCCCUUCCACCAUUUUAUUUAGAAUUUCAAUAUUAAAAAAUAUCAGAUUGUUUACGAGUCAAACCCCCGCCUAAUUUCAUGUAGUAAUGCAUUUUCUCGAAAUACCUGAUAUCCUUUUGAGGAAAUUCCAGUUUCAAUUUUUUUUAUCUCAGAAAAUCUCAAAAUUCAACAAAAAAAUCUAGUUUUUGACUCAAAAUAUAUGCAGUAUUUUCCUCUUAAACUCACUGCUUCAAUGACAAGUCGCUUUUUGUGUGUAAAUUGACCUUUUUAAUCUCAGACAAAACGCUAUUUUAUAACGUGUAAGAUAAAGACGUUUAUCUUGAGGUGCUCUUUACUUAUUUGCAUUUUUCUUUUUACAAAAAGUGAAAAUUAAUUUUUGGGGAAAAUAUUACUUUUUUAAUACAUUUGAGUUUUUUUGUCCCAUUAAUUUACCAUUUAAAUCUCAGAUAAUAUCAAAUAUUUCUACUUUAUUCUAAUUAUUUUAAUAUGUUGUUGUACCUACAUUGACUCUGAUACGCCGCCGUUCUGUUUUUAAUCACUUGGAUAAUCAGGAAGUGUUCGCCCUGCUUGUGUUUCCUGAUCACAUGAUCUGCUGUUGCGUCAUGACCAACUACAUCCAUGG